AUGCCCCACUUUCCUUUUCAUGUAAAAGAGCACGUUCUUCCGUGCCAGCACAUUCGUUCCCAUGCUCGGUCGACUGCGCACAGCCAGGAGGAUCUUCUCCACCUCGCCGUGAAGCAGUACAUUCCAAUCGACAAUCCAAAUCCCAAGCCUGGCGAUGUCACCAUUAUUGGCGCUCACGCCAACGGCUUUCCGAAGGAGCUGUAUGAGCCGCUGUGGGAGGAGAUUCUCCAACGUUCCAGAUCCGCCGGCUUUUCAAUCCGCAGUAUCUGGAUUGCCGAUGUCGCUCACCAAGGUGCCAGCGGCGUCUUGAACGAGCAUAAACUUGGCAACGACCCUAGCUGGUUCGACCAUCCUCGAGACCUGCUCCAUAUGGUGAACACAUUUCGCGAUGAGAUGAUCCGCCCAAUCGUCGGUGUUGGCCAUAGCCUGGGAGGCAACAAUCUCAUCAACCUGUCUCUGUUGCAUCCCCGUCUCCUGGAGACCCUAAUUCUGCUUGAUCCCGUCGUUCAGCGAAGACCCUCCAAAGAGGGCAAUCAGGAUCCUGCUGCCGCCUCGGCUCGCCGUCGCGAUUACUGGCCAUCCAGGGAGGCCGCUGCUGAAGCUUUCGGGAAGAAUAAGUUCUAUCAGGCAUGGGAUCCCCGUGUCCUAGACUUGUGGGUCAAACACGGCCUGCGGGACCUGCCCACUGCCAUUUACCCGACUCCCCCAGAGCCUGCCACUCCCGUUUCAGCCACGGCCGGAGGAGCCGAGAAAGCAUCCACCCCCGGAGUGACGCUUGCCACCACCAAGCACCAGGAAGUUUUCACUUUCCUCCGGCCUAGUUUUGACUCCUUGGCCGAUCCGCAGAUCGACCCUGAGUUUCCAGAGGCCAGCGCCCACAAUCGCAACAGACACUACUACCCUGACUUCAGUCCAGAGACAGUUGUUCCUAACUCUUCGUUCUAUCGCGCAGAGCCCGUCAUCACCUUCCAUAUGUUGCCUUUCUUGCGCCCGUCGGUCCUUUACAUCUUUGGCGAAACUUCUGACCUUUCGGCUCCUGAAUUUCGCGCUGACAAGAUGAAAGUUACUGGUGUUGGAAUUGGUGGCAGUGGCGGUGCGCCAGAAGGCCGUGUUGCAGAAAUUACCCUCCCAGGCGUUGGUCACCUCAUCCCCAUGGAGGCAGUCGGCAAGACUGCUGACCACUGCACAAAUUGGCUUUCCACGGAAGUUCGAUCAUGGCGUGAGAAAGAGGAAGAGGAGCGACAGCAGUGGGCGGGGGUUCCUGAUUACAAGAAGCGUGUUCUCAGCCCUCGAGUUCUCAGAAUGUUGGAUAACAGAAACGGCAAAGCUAGGACGCAGAAGCUUUAG